AUGAGAAUGUAUUCUCUCCUAUUCUUGAGUCUUUUGUUAUCGCUAACACACAGUCUUCCUCUCUUUGGAGGUGGAAGGAAGAGUCAUAACAAAUUGCUACUCAUUUCUUUUGAUGGUUUUCGUUGGGAUUAUGACCAAGAUGUUGAAACCCCAAAUUUGCAAAAUUUAGUCAAAGAAGGCGUAAAAGCAAAAUAUAUUACACCCCCCUUCGUUACAAUAACCUCUCCAUCUCAUUUCACACUGCUAACAGGAAAGCAUAUAGAGGCUCAUGGCGUGAUCCACAACAUGUGGUUUAAUACAACAUCUGGACAGAAAAAGUCAUAUUACCAGACACAGGGUGUUAAUGACUAUUGGGACAAUGGAAGUUUGCCCCUCUGGAUCACUGCCCAGCGACAGGGUUUAAAAACAGGUUCUGUCCACUUCCCUGGGACCAAACCCACCUAUGAUGGAGAGAGUGUUUUCCUGAAAGUAGUAGAGCCUUCGAUGUACAAGUACAACAAUGAAACAGCCUGGAAAGAAAACAUCGACAUGGUAAUGGUAUGGUUCACUGUGGAAGAUCUGGAUUUUGUUUCACUCUACUUUGGUGAACCAGACGGUGCUGGCCACAAACAUGGGCCUGAAUCAAAACAGAGAAAAGACAUGGUCCGUCAGGUGGAUAGAACAGUAGGUUAUUUACUGCAAAAUAUAGAAAGGUAUGGCUUGAAAUCCAAACUCAAUGUUAUCAUCACUGCUGAUCAUGGAAUGACUACAGUGCUGAAAGAGCCAGCAGUGAAUGAAAUUGUGCUGUCAAGGUUCACCAAUUUCUUAUUCAAAGACAAUGAUUUUGAAUUACUCGAUUAUGGACCCACUGCCAUGCUAUUACCUAAAGAAGGAAGGUUAGAAAAAGUGUACCAGGCUCUAAAAGGUGCCCAUCCUCAUCUCAAUGUUUUUAAAAAAGAAGAUUUUCCAGAAAGACUUCGAUAUUCCAACAGCGAAAGAAUUCUCCCUAUUAUCAUGUAUGGUGAUCUUGGCUAUGUUAUUCAUGGGAGACUCAAACUCCAGUUUAACAAAGGUGAGCAUGGGUUUGAUAAUAACCUCAUGGAUAUGAAAACGAUUUUUCGUGCAUUUGGCCCAGAUUUCAAAAAGAAUUAUCUGGCCGAGCCAUUCGAUAGCGUGCACAUUUAUUCAUUAAUGUGUGAACUUCUCAAGAUCCAGCCUGAGCUAAACAAUGGAUCAUUGGAACAUACCAAAGGAAUGUUGAACUACUAUCAUCAGAACAGCAAUAAUGAUUCCGAGGAUACAAGCUCUAAGUCAACAUUAUUUCAGGUGGCUGUAGGUUUAACAGCAGUUGUUGGUUUGCUGGUUUUGGUUGCUGUUAUUGCUGUAUCUCAUUCCUUGUGCAAGCGAAGAGCGAGCAACAGACAAACACAAGAUGAAAAACAGAGUCAUGACCUGAAAUUAUCUUCGUCAGUCAAAGUCCCAAUAGAUAACCCUCAGCCUGUGCUCAGUGAAUGA